AUGGGGGUCUUGGGCCGCGGCUGCCCCGGGACGGCCCGGGCGCUGCUGCCGCUGCUGCUGCCGCUGCCGCUGCUGCUGACCGCGGCCGUCCCGCCCGGCCGGGGCCGCGCCCCGGGGGCGCCUGCGGAUGUGGACGAGUGUGCCGAAGGGCUAGAUGACUGCCACACCAAUGCCCUCUGUGAGAAUACGCUCACCUCCUACAAGUGCUCCUGCAAGCCUGGCUACCGAGGGGAGGGCAGGCAGUGCGAGGACAUUGAUGAAUGUGAAAAUGAACUCAACGGAGGCUGUGUCCAUGACUGUUUGAAUAUUCCAGGCAAUUAUCGCUGUACUUGUUUUGAUGGCUUCAUGUUGGCUCAUGAUGGUCAUAAUUGUCUUGAUGUGGACGAGUGCCUGGAGAACAAUGGCGGCUGCCAGCACACCUGUGUCAACGUCAUGGGGAGCUACGAGUGCCGCUGCAAGGAGGGAUUUUUCCUGAGUGACAAUCAGCACACGUGCAUUCACCGCUCUGAAGAGGGUCUGAGCUGCAUGAAUCAGAAUCAUGGCUGUGGUCACAUCUGCAAGGAGGCCCCGAGGGGCAGUGUCGCCUGCGAGUGCAGGCCGGGUUUUGAACUGGCCAAGAACCAGAGAGACUGCAUCCUGACCUGUAACCAUGGGAACGGUGGGUGCCAACACUCCUGCGAGGACACUGCUGAAGGCCCGGAGUGCAGCUGCCACCCACAGUACAAGAUGCACACAGAUGGGAGGAGCUGCGUCGAGCAAGAGGACACUGCCCCAGAGGUGACAGAGAGCAAUGCCACAUCAGUGGUGGACAGUGAUAAACGGGUGAAACGGCGGCUGCUCAUGGAAACGUGUGCUGUCAACAAUGGAGGCUGCGAUCGCACCUGUAAGGAUACUUCAACAGGUGUUCAUUGCAGUUGUCCUGUUGGAUUCACCCUCCAGUUGGAUGGGAAGACUUGUAAAGAUAUUGAUGAGUGCCAGACCCGCAAUGGAGGUUGCGAUCAUUUCUGCAAAAACACCGUGGGCAGUUUUGACUGCAGCUGCAGAAAGGGAUUUAAAUUAUUAACAGAUGAGAAGUCUUGCCAAGAUGUGGAUGAAUGCUCUUUGGAUAGGACCUGUGACCACAGCUGCAUCAACCACCCUGGCACAUUCACAUGUGCUUGCAACAGAGGGUACACCCUCUAUGGCUUUACCCACUGUGGAGACACCAACGAGUGCAGUGUCAACAAUGGAGGCUGUCAGCAGGUCUGUGUGAACACAGUGGGCAGCUAUGAAUGCCGAUGCCACUCUGCAUACAAGCUCCACUGGAAUAGAAAAGACUGUGUUGAAGUGAAGGGGGUCCUGCCCACUAGUGUGUCACCCCAUGUGUCCCUGCAUUGCGGUAAGAGUGGUGGAGGAGACAGAUGCUUCCUAAGAUGUGACUCUGGCAUUCACCUUUCUUCAGGACUGCAAGAGACCUACUCUGUCACCUGCGGCUCUUCCUCUUCUCUCAGGAGCAAACAACAAAAAUCAAAUGACUCUGCUUUUGGGGAUGUCGCCACCGUCAGGACAAGUGUAACCUUUAAACUAAAUGAAGGCAAGUGUAGUUUGAAAAAGGCUGAGCGGUUUCCUGAGGGUCUGCGACCAGCACUAGCACUACCAGAGAAGCACAGCUCAGUAAAAGAGAGCUUCCGCUACGCAAAUCUUACAUGCAGCUCUGGCAAGCAAGUCCCAGGAGCCCCUGGCCGACCAAGCGCCACUAAGGAAAUGUUUAUCACUGUUGAGUUUGAACUUGAAACUAACCAAAAGGAGGUGACAGCUUCCUGUGACCUGAGCUGCAUCGUAAAGCGAGCUGAGAAGCGGCUCCGGAAAGCCAUCCGAACACUCCGGAAGGCUGUCCACAGGGAGCAGUUCCACCUCCAGCUCUCAGGCAUGGACCUUGAAGUGGCAAAAAAAUCUCCCAGAACAUCUGAACACCGAGUAGAGUCCUGUGGAGUGGGCCAGGGCCACAUAGGAAACCAAUGUGUCAGUUGCAGGGCUGGGACAUACUACGAUGGAGCACAAGAACGCUGCAUUUUAUGUCCAAAUGGAACCUUCCAAAAUGAGGAAGGACAAAUCACAUGUGAACCGUGCCCAAGACCAGAAAAUCCUGGAGCCCUGAAGACUCCAGAAGCUUGGAAUGUAUCUGAAUGUGGAGGUCUGUGCCAACCUGGUGAAUAUUCUGCAGAUGGUUUUGCACCCUGCCAGCUCUGUGCCCUGGGCACAUUCCAGCCCGAGGCCGGCCGUACUUCCUGCUUCCCGUGUGGAGGAGGCCUCCCUACCAAACAUUUGGGGGCCACUUCCUUCCAGGACUGUGAAACCAGAGUUCAAUGUUCACCCGGACAUUUCUACAACACCACCACUCACCGAUGUAUUCGUUGCCAAGCAGGAACAUAUCAACCUGAAUUUGGAAAAAAUAACUGUGUCUCUUGCCCAGGAAAUACUACCACUGACUUUGAUGGCUCCACAAACAUAACUCAGUGUAAAGACAGAAGAUGUGGAGGGGAGUUGGGAGAUUUCACUGGAUACAUUGAAUCCCCAAACUACCCAGGCAAUUACCCAGCCAACACGGAGUGUACAUGGACCAUCAACCCACCACCCAAGCGCCGAAUCUUGAUUGUGGUCCCUGAGAUCUUUCUGCCCAUAGAAGACGACUGUGGAGACUACCUGGUGAUGCGGAAAACCUCUUCAUCCAAUUCUGUGACGACAUAUGAAACGUGUCAGACUUACGAACGCCCCAUCGCCUUCACCUCCAGGUCAAAGAAGCUGUGGAUUCAGUUUAAGUCCAAUGAAGGGAACAGUGCCAGAGGGUUCCAGGUCCCGUAUGUGACAUACGACGAGGACUACCAGGAACUGAUUGAAGAUAUAGUUCGAGAUGGCAGGCUCUAUGCAUCUGAGAACCAUCAGGAAAUACUUAAGGAUAAGAAGCUGAUCAAGGCUCUGUUUGAUGUCCUGGCCCACCCCCAGAACUAUUUCAAGUACACAGCCCAGGAAUCCCGGGAGAUGUUUCCAAGAUCCUUCAUCCGACUGCUACGUUCCAAAGUGUCCAGGUUCUUGAGGCCUUACAAAUGAGCCGGUCCACGUGCCACUCAGUGCCAUGUUCUGUCUGUGGGCUGGCGGGACUUUGUGCAGCCAACAUGGUCAGAUAUCGCUGCCUCCAGUAGCAUCGACUCAUUAGAGUUCAAUUUUUAUAGAUAAUACAGAUAUUUUGGUAAAUUGAACUUGGUUUUUCUUUCCCAGCAUUGUGGACAUGGGCUGUGAAUGGCAGUGAGUCCCACCACCUCUCACUGAUGUGAGCAAUGUGUCAGAGACAUCAAGGGCUGGCUGAGCUGGACUUAAGUCAGCUCAGGUGAGACUCACCUGUCCUACCUAGUUCCUUCCUAGUUCUCACUCCUCCUCAAGCAGGCCGUGGUGGAAAGGAGCCCACAGAAGGUGCUGCCUUAUCUGAAACUUCAGCUUCCUCCUGCCCAGCCCUCCCUAAGGGAGCCGUCUGCACCCAUGCUGUG